AUGGCAGUCAAUCUUCUCCUGCUGGUUGGGACCGUGCUCCUGGCUAUUGCUCAGGUUUUCUUACUCUGUCUCGCCGGGUACAUCCUUGCUCGUAUGGAUAUCCUCAACAAGCAGACCCGAAAGCAAGUCAAUCGUCUCAACACUUCGAUUUUCACUCCCGCUCUACUAUUCACAAAGGUUGCCUAUUCGCUGACUGCAACGGAGCUCAAGCAACUAUGGAUCAUCCCUAUUCUCUUCAUCAUCGUGACUGCAGUAUCUGCUGGAGUCGCUUACCUCAUGGGCCUGGUCUGUCGGGUCAAGCCAGAACACAGGUACUUCGCUAUGGCCGCAGCAAUGUUCAUGAACUCAAACUCGAUGCCAAUCGCCCUUAUGCAAAGCUUAAUCGGCACCGUCUCGGAAUUGAAGUGGAAUGAAAGCGAUACACCGAAUAGUAUGUUGGCUCGUUCCCUCACGUACCUCGUGCUCUACAGUACGCUUGGUAAUAUUGCGCGCUGGAGUUUUGGUGUGAAGAUCCUUGAAAGAGCAGACGCGUCCGCACAAGAAAGUACUGCCGACGAGAAGAAGAUUGAUGUUGAAUCGCAACAACCUGCGAAGGAGAUUGGGAGUGCUGGUAAUAGUCCUGUAGAGAGUUGCUUUUCGUCGGACGUAACUGUGACUGCGGAACCAGGUAGCAACUGCCUCGGAGGCAAGAGUGAUUCGUCAACGUUCUACUCAUCUGACGAGGCUCGCCUGUCUGUUGCUGGUCUUCCUCGCGUUGACGCUGGAGUAACUGAAGAACAAGUUUUACGCGCUCCUCUUUUCACCAGAAGCUCGUCAACUUUAGUUCCUCACACGAUUAAUGCUACCUCGGAAGCAAAAGACCGAACGGAACCGGAAGUCCCUACUCCACCGCUCACCAAAUGGCAACGCUUUGUCGGCAGAUUGAAACGCUUUUGGACUGGAUUCUACGACUUCAUGACUAUGCCACUCUGGGCUGCUUUGUUGUCCAUAAUCAUCGCUCUCAUUCCUCCAGUUCAAAACGUAGUCUCAAACUACAUGCCUCCAGUACGGAAGGCGUUGGAGGCAGCUGGGGAUUGCUCAAUCCCACUCACACUCGUCGUCCUCGGUGCUUACUUCUAUACGCCUCUGCCUAAGGGUACAGUGAUACCUCCCCUCAAGGAGAGACUUCGGAAUGCUCUUCGGUUUCGUCGAUCAACUCCUUCAGAUGCAGCACCGAAGGCAGAGAAGCCGAUGCGCACAGGCGAAAAACGCACCAUACUCAUUUCGAUUAUUUCCCGACAAGUGCUUUGUCCUCUGAUUGUACUCCCAUUAAUGCUUGUGUUCAUCCACUUCAACGUUCCGAGAGUGUUCUCCGAUCCUGUCUUCGUUGUGUCAAACGUGCUGCUUGUCUCGGCUCCUAUUGCGUUAACUCUUGCCCAGAUGUCUUCGAAAACUGGUGCAAGCGAUGGAUUCGAGCGGUUGCUCAGUACAACGAUCUUCUAUGCGUAUUGCAUCGUUUUAACACCCAUCACGAUUGUCUACAUCAUCAUAGGCCUGAUCCUCGCAAAGAUGUAAUGCAUUUCCUCAUCCUUUCUUUCUCUUACCCUCCUUCGCCGCCCACGCUCCUUUGUCAUGUUCAGUCUUUUCCCUCGAUGCCUACCAAUUGCAUAUCUAUCCCACUUGCACUACAUAGUCACUACAUACACUUGCCGCGUAUUUCAUCACGUUACAUAGGCUAAUACCUAGUAUAACCAUCCACGCCUUAUGCUC